CCCCUAGCCGCCGCCGCCGCCGCCGCCGCCGCCGCCGCAUCCAAAACCCCUCCCACCUCCCCUCACUCUUCUAAUGGCAUCCAUCCGACGAAGCUGCUAGCUCGCGCCUCUCAUCUGCUCGUCGAAUAGCAAGUCGAUCCACCGCAGCUCCCUGCCCCCCGCGCCGCUGCCAUGGCGGCCAUGAACCAGUUCGACAUCCUCGGCGCCGACGACAACGACGACCCCUCGCAGCUGCUCGCUGCGGCGGCUGCGGCCGCGGCUGCGCAGAAGGCCGAGGCCAAGAAGCCGGCCGCAGCGCCUGCUGGAAAGGGGCCCCAGACUGGGGCGGCCGCCAAGCUGCCGACCAAACCUGCUCCCCCUGCACAGGCUGUGAGGGAUGCACGAAGUGGUGGUGCGCCAUCACGCGGAGGAUUUGGCCGUGGCGAACCUGGCCGCGGCAGAGGCGGGCGAUAUGGCCAGAACCGUGACUAUGGCAGUGAGAACACGAAUGGCUACCAGGGAGGUUAUGGUGGCGGGGCAGGCUCUGGAGAUGGUGCUGUAGCUGCAGGAGGUUACGGUGACAGUGAGAGGGGCCCUCGACCACCGUACCGUGGAGGUGGAGGCGGAGGUAGACGUGGUGGUUACCGGAACAGCGAGUUCGGUGAUGAUUCUGAGAGGCCACCCAGGAGGAAUUAUGAGCGCCACAGCGGGACUGGUCGUGGCUACGGGAUGAAACGUGAUGGUGCAGGGCGUGGGAACUGGGGAUCUUCCACUGAUGAAGGCCUUGCGCAGGAAACUGAUGAAGCUCUUAAAAUUGAGGACAAUGCUCCCAUCGCUGAGAAGCAAGCUGAGCAGGAUGAUGCUCCAACAACAGAGGAGAACAAGGAUAACAAGGAUGUUGCUGCAAAGGAGGAGGAAGAGAAUGAAGAGGAUAAGGAGAUGACCCUAGAGGAGUACGAAAAAAUUAGGGAGGAAAAGCGGAAAGCACUACUUGCACUGAAGACUGAAGAAAGGAAGGUUGAAGUUGACAAGGACCUGCAGUCUCUGCAGCCACUGUCUACAAAGAAAGCAAAUGAUGAGAUUUUCAUUAAAUUGGGCGCUGACAAGGAUAAGAAGAAGGAAAGUGCUGAGCGUGAGGAGCGCGCCAAGAAGUCGUUGAGCAUCAACGAGUUCCUCAAACCUGCUGAGGGAGAACGGUACUAUGGCGGCCGUGGUCGUGGAAGGGGCCGUGGUGAGGGCCGUGGAGACCGUGGUGGUUUCAGAGGUGGAUUUGGAGGGGGAUACCAGCGUGGACAAGCUGCUGCACCAUCCAUCGAAGAUCAAUCUCAGUUCCCGACCCUGGGAGGAGGGAAGUGAAAGGUUGCGUGCCAUCUGAAGCGCUGCAUUGUCUUUACUGGUGUUGCCUUUAAAUUUUGCCUGACGUUGAAUUAUUGUGUCACAGUUAAUUGCAACAAAUAAUGGUGCUGCAUGUGGUUUUCUUUCAAUGUUCGGUACUAGACUUUGUAUACCGGAGUUCAGAUGAUCGUCGGGAUUAGCCUCUAGUUUUGUAGGCUAGCUUUGCUUUUGGUUAAAGAAUCGUCUGCUAUGUUGUUUAUUCUUGCUUUUAGUGAAAUGAUGUGAUACCAGCAAA